UUCUGAUCUUUUAAAAAUUGAUUCUAUUUAAUAUAACACAACCACCUGAAGAACGAAUAUUGCAAGCUGCUACGAUGCGACCUUCAAGCAAACAUUUGAUAACAACAGCGCCUUUGUCUGCUGUUUUCACGCUCGUUGUCUUCACGGCGCUUCCCUGUGGAGUGAACAGUCUGAAGAUGCGGAACUUCGAGGUACCGCUUCACGUUGUUCGAGGGGAGACGACUGAGUUGAAGUGUGAGUUCGACCUGGAGGGCGAGAAGCUCUACUCGAUCAAGUGGUACAAGGGAGGCCGGGAAUUCUUCCGCUACGUGCCGAACGAGAGACCCACCAAGCUCAGAUACGAUGUGCAAGGAGUCUGGGUUGACAUGGACGCCAGCACCGGCGCCACGGUCGUGCUGAAGGAUGUCUCGCUGGCCACGUCAGGCCGCUACAAGUGCGAGGUGCUAGCUGAGGCUCCGAGCUUCAACACACUCACCGAGCACGCGAUACUCACCGUCGUGGACUUGCCAGAAGAGAAGCCCGUCGUGAAGAGCGCCCGUGAGAAAUACAAGUCAGGAGACCUGGUCGCCGUGAACUGCACCUCGGCGCCUUCGAAGCCCGCAGCCCAUCUCAUCUGGUACAUCAAUGAUAAGGAGGCAGAACGUAGCCACCUGCUUCACUACCAACCAAUUCUGCUACGCAACGGACUAGAGCAGACGACGCUGGGGCUGCGGUUCAGGGCGACACCGUAUCAUUUCUCGCAGGGCCACAUGACGCUCAAGUGCACCGCCUCUAUAGGGGUCACUCCUCCAGCCCUGACGCCCUACAGCAGGAACAAGUAUAGGACCUUAGGACACCACACUCUCCAGCCCCCGCUCUCGCUGCAGAGCCGCGAGCACCGAUAUGGUACGGCUUCAGCAAUUCAUCCACCAAAUUCAGCUCGAUUGCUUCUGUUGGUUGCGCUCCUCUCCAUUGUGAACCAAAGAUAAACCGCAAUUCAUUUUAAUUCAUACAAUUGAAAAAUCCAAAGACCAGUGCGACAGAAACCAGUAUGCCCGGUUUGCAUUGACCUGUACACACAAAAAAAUAUGUUUGACAUUGUACAUAGAAAGACACUCUUUUGUCCUUUGCGUGGAUCACCAUGACCCAGUACGGCCCAGCAUAGAAUAUAUCAGUGCUAUUUUUCGGUUUCUGUUCGUUUUGUGGUUUACAAAGUACGUCACUUUUUGGACGAUGUAACCCAUUUAAAUUUCUGAUUUUUAGGAAACUCUCAAACGCGUUUUGAAAAUUCAAUGCCUCCUGCAAUGUUCAUCAGACGCUGAAGGGGGUACGUUGUGAAGGUACGUUGAAGGUACGUUGUGAAGGUACGUUAAAGGUACGUCGAAGGUACGCUGUAAAAUUUCUGGUAGAUUUGGUAAUUAAAUCAAGGCAAAUAAGAAAAUCAAGAACAUUUACGUCUGAAAUAAGUUAAGGAACUGAAACUACGUUAAAUUUUAUUAUUAAUCACAUGCUAUUUUAUAUCGAAUUGUCAAUUUCUUGAAGCUUCAAGAUGAAAAACAUUCCAAGUGAGAGUGUGAGCAAUAACAAGAGGAGCUAAUUCAGUUCAGUACAUAUUACCAACAUGAAUACAUCUAUUAUAAAAUAUAUACCUAUACAAAAUUCUCUAUACUAUACAAUAAAAAUUGCUUUUCGUGAAAAAAACGCAAAUUUCUUCUGUGAAUAUAAUUUGUAA